AUGCUGGCAUCAAGAGAUAAAAAGGUUAGAAUGUCAGAUAAAUUAAAUUAGCUACUGACUCUUUUUACUGGGUUUAUUUAUUUAUUAGUAGCAAAAAUGAGAUCAUGAUAACUAACUUCAUAUUAUAAAAAUUAACAGCAUACUUGAUAUCUUGAUUCUGAUCUUUAUUGGCAGUCAUUUUGGGGUCAGGAACUUGUACGAUGGUUAGUUACGGCUGCUAUUGGGAUCCUAACAGGACUGGUCAGUGGACUAAUAUUAUUAUAUCCCCCAGUGAUAGUUAACAAUAAAUUAUUCCAUAAGUGCGCAUUGGAUAUGAGGUGGUAGGACACACCUUAUUGGCUAUAAUCAUCUCAUGAUCAUAUCCAACCAGUGCAAGUGGAAUAAUUAUUGUUUUAUUAAAAAUGCCUGUCAAAAUAUUGAGAAUUCUUCCUGACUUUAUUUGUAAAAACAACCAAUUUUCAGCUUGUUUUUAAUUUUGAGCAGACGGAUACAAUUACCAUAUUUAGAGAGCAUGGUAUAAUGGCUCAUACACCAUAAUGGCCAAGGCUAUGCUCUAAGGAAAAUUGAAGGGAGCCCAGUGCUCUGAAACUGUAAAAUCUAGGGUGCCAGCAUAUGAUUUGUAUGAAAAAUAUGAGAUUUUCUAGUCGUCCAAGGGCAAAAGUUAGGCACUUGGGGCCACCGGGCUCUGUUAGAGCACAGCCCUGAUGGCUAAGGCAUUCAGAGCUCUAGAAUUGCAUUAUCCAAUGAUUCAGUUUUUGACAACACUUAUUAUAUAAAAUUAUUAUAAUAUAUAUCCUUCUUUAACAUUACUUCAAGCUCUCUAUUAAAUUCCGUUUAAUUUGAUUUCAGGUAGCUGUUUUUAUUGAUUAUUUUGUGACCCUUUUAAUGAGUUGGAAAUUUGAAACCAUUCAUAAAUGUAUCCUUUGACAAGAAUCAUACUGUAAAAGAUGCUUUUAAUCACUACUAUUUCUUUGUAUACUCUGAGAAGCAUAAUACUUACAGCAAACAUAGAGAUUAGACCAUGUGUUAAGUGGUUUGUCCUUGACGUUCAGUUUGUUAGCUCUUUUAGAAUGCACACCCAAGGGCUGUUUAGCUGUAACUCUUCUCAUUUUAAUGGCAUUUAAUGGUGUCUUCUGUUUGGUUGCUGCCAUUCUCUGUGCCAUUGAGGUAAACAUUGAAUUUUGAGCUGUUGUUAGAAUUUGUAUUUAAUAAUUUACAGGAUGUUAAGUCUGGGGUUGUAUCCGAAAGGACCGUAUCUAGCUUUAGAAAAAGAAAAAGAAAAUUUUUGUGUUGUGUUCACCUACUUCAUAAAGCAGGCACGUGAAAUUAGGUAUUUUCACAUUGUAGUCAUGCAGUGAUGGCAAAGAAUUGUACAAAAAAAAUGUUGCACAUGCAAAGCUGUUGUUUUGCUAAUCUAAACCUAUUAUUUUUUCCUGUUCUCAUUGCCAUUGCUGUCCCCAUUGUCGUUGCUUAAGCUCUGUAUUGUUGUGAUCCAGAAAGUUUGCUACCAUGGUAAUGUGACGUCACACUUCUCCUCUCUUUUGGCAAACUAUUUAUUUGCACUUAGCCCCAUUUCUGAGUGAAUCAAGAAAUCAUGGGCUUUUUAUGUUUCCAAUGUACAUUCGUGACUGCAUCUUUUGUGCAGUGAAUGUCUCUCUCUCCCUCAGGGUUAUGUUGUCAUGUUUUUGCAAACAAUUACACUACUACAUAUAAAACAAGUAUUUUCUUAAUUAUCUUUUUCUUUUUCUUUUUUAGCCUGUAGCAGCUGGAAGUGGAAUUCCUGAAAUAAAGUGUUACUUAAAUGGAGUAAAGGUUUGUUAUAAAUUGUUCAAUGAACAGAUAAAUUCUCAGAUCCUGUGCACUAUUGAUUUAAAUUAUUUGCAUUCAAAUUUUCAACUCUCACACAGUUUACAUAGACUCUUCUGAGUCACACUAGAUAAAAUUCCAUGUAAUCUAUGUGUUACAGGUAAAAAUUUAAAUUCAGAUUGAAUUUAUUUUUUUAAUCUAGGUUGAUUCUCUAUUUCCUUUGUCAGGAGACAAAGAAAAUAAGAGAAGCAACCUACAUGUAGGUCACACGUAUAUGUUGUAGUUAAUUUUUAUCUCAGGUAAUUUUUGUUUUUCUUGAUUUUUGGGUAUGGUAAUGUAUGUUAAUGAAGUUGAAACAAAAGAAAAAUAAAAAUUACCUGAGAUAAAAUAUCAACUACAACAUAUACCUUAAGUUCAGUCUGUUUGAAUUCUGCUGUAGGUUCCUCAUGUAGUCAGGCUAAAAACACUGAUAUGCAAGGCUGUGGGAGUCCUCUUUAGUGUUGCUGGUGGUAGGAACAAAAUCAUUUUCAUUGUCUUAAUUUAUAAUUUUACAAUUAUCUAAUAUGACAAAAUCCUGCUUGGCAUUAGCCUUUCCUGGCAGUUGUGGAAGGGUUGUAAUGAUAAAUCAAAUGCUUAGUCAUUUGCUGUUAUUCUGUCUUUCAAGUGGGAUUUUUAUUACUUUCGGCUGAUGUGGAAAUUUCCCACUGUAGACUAAAAUGCUAUAUAUUUCUUUUAUGUUUCUAUUAAGUUUUUACAUAUUGCUACAUAAAGUUAAGGCUCUUUGACUAAUUGAUUUUUUUUUAUUUUAAUGGGUUUUUGUUGAAGGCAGUGUUUUUGUUUGAAAAUGUAAGGUUUAACAAAAAUUUUCAUGAUCGAAUCAAAAUAUUUGAUUUGGAAAGGAAACGAUCAAAAUUGAAUCAAAUCAAAGAUAUACUGUAAAAAAAUUAAUAUAAAUCAUUAUCCCCUAAUUGCAGUGAAAUACUACAAAGGGAUACAGUCAUGUUGUUCAAGUUCAUGUUCCCAAAAGGGCAUUACUUUUUGUUUUAUAUGCCAGGCUUGUUUGUUGGUAAAGAAGGUCCAAUGAUUCACAGUGGAGCCAUCAUUGGAGCAGGUGUUCCUCAGGUUUGUUAAAAUCCUUUCCUUCAUUGCUGAAAAAAAAGGGAAAGAGAAAAUACCACAAGUUGGUGGUUACUUAUUGUAGGUGAUAUGCUGAUGAGAGUCAGACCACAAGGCUCGAUCUCUACGUAAAAGGACCUGUGACUCAUUAUUGUCUUAGGGGGAAUAAAUAAAUAAAUAAAUAAAUAAAUAAAUAAAUAAAUUUGAUGAUGAUGAUGAUGUCAAAGAAGAAAGGCCCGGUGCAAGGGUAGAGUAUUGGUGAGGGCGCUCUCACAUGUGGGUUGGGUUUGUUGUUGGUUCUCUCCCUAAGUCAUAGUCACUUACGAGAGGGGGCUGUCAGCGCUUAAUUAGUGGUUUUAAAGCCUGAGAUCAUGAUGCUACUGCUGCUUCCUCUGUGAAAUGGAGUCUGUCAUUAGUGUGGAAUUCUGCUCUUGUUCGUCAGAUAUCAUUUUGCUGGGAAACCAGUAGUGACAUUGCAAAAUGUGGGCUGUAUUCACAAGCUAGUGGUUUCAGGGUGCAAAGAAAGUCAUUUUUACAGCUUGCCAUUUGGGCAAGCUGAAGCUAACAUUUACCAGCCCAAACAUCAUUUCAACUAGCCCAAAAAAUGUUUUGAUGAGCAGAAUUGAUUUCACAGUUCUUCUGUAAUAUUUGAAUUCCUCAAAAAACUUCACUUGCCCAUCAGGCAAGUUAAGAACAGAAUACAGAAUACAGUAACCCGAUAGUAAAAUCCACUACCCCGGGCUAUUGGACACUACUUUCUUUGCAUGCUGGGUUUGACCAAAAUUAUGGCUUUUUUUACUAAUUGAUGAAAUUUAUUCUUUUUCAUCUCUCUCCUCUACAGUUUCAAAGUAUUGCGUUUCGAAAAAUCAAGAUUAACUUUCCUUAUUUUCGAACUGACAGGUUAGUAAGUUUGAGCACGAGAGUAAAAGUGUUAUCAAAAAGAUUUUAAUUUCAAAAGAAGUCUCUUGACCCUCUGAGUUUGCAUUGAAAGUGGAGUACAUGUUUAAGUCACAGUGUAGUUUUCACCUUUCUUUAUCAGGGAUAAAAGAGAUUUUGUAUCUGGGGGAGCUGCAGCUGGAGUGGCAGGUAUUUAAAUUAAUAUACAUGUAACACUGUAUGCAUAGGAUUUAAUUGUAACAGUGAUUUACAUGUAGUUACCUCUGCGUCCAUGUGCAUGCGUCCCUGACACAUAAAAAUCCCCAAAGACGCAAAAUAAUUCAUGACAUGUGUCCCAUAUGUAGGAUGCAAAGAAUGAUCGAUUGAUAUGAAGAUUUUUUGGUAGAAUAUCCUGUUCGAUUGAUUUUUGUGGCUGUUGUUUAAAGAUGCAUAUUUAUUUUAGCCUUUUUUUGUGCUUUAAAUAUAUAGAAGGCCUACAUUUUAAUUUCAGUAGUAUAAAGAGUUCUGGCAUCUGUCUCCAGAUUAACUGUCUGGUUACAUAAGGGCCCUGCAUUUUCAAUUUAGGCCUCCUUGUUUUUUUGAACUGUGCUUAUUGGUUAUGGACCGGAACUCAUGAUUUUUACAAGAUGAGUCCCAGGACUUACCAUAACUAUUUAUCACAUAAUCACUGUUGUAUGUCCUUUAAGGUAUAGUAAAUUUGACAUGUUGCGUGUAUUUGAUUUUGUAACUUGCAGCCGCUUUUGGGGCUCCGAUUGGAGGAGUUUUAUUUAGCCUGGAAGAGGGAAGCUCCUUUUGGAACCAAGCUCUUACUUGGAGAAGUGUAAGAACAUUUUUAUAAGCAAUAAAGAGUUUGAAGGAAGCAAUUACCCAAAUGGACCAGUCAUAAUUUGUAUUAUUUAUAAAUUAAAGUUUAUUGACACCCCUGGCUUAUUUAGCUUGUUUACAACCCUUCAACAAUCCAUGCUCUAAAAACUUAAAUCACUAAUUUAUUGUUGUACUGUUUUGUUUUUCUGUUUCAGUUCUUUUGUUCCAUGGCAUCAACAUUUACCCUGAACUUUCUUUUGUCUGGAAUCUUGGGCUAUGGUUGGGGUUCAUUUAAUCAACCUGGCUUGCUCAACUUUGGAGUCUUUAGUGUAUGUAAUUUUUAAAACUUUAUGUUUUGUUCUUUUUCUUUUUUUUUCAGUUGAUAAUUAUAUAGUUUGUAGCAAAAAGAUCCAUUUUUAUCUAUGUUGAAUUGUUGUUGUGAUUACAGUGUUCACAUGAGUUACAGCAAUGAUCAGUAAUAUUAUUUAUGUAAUAUAAUUUUUAUUGUUUAACAUACGUAGUUACAGUCAAGACAGGUCAAGCGUACCCUCCAAGAUGCCAUUAAUGAAUUUAUCAUGCAAAAUUCAAAUCUGUUGGUAGUUGUAGAUUUCAGAUUCAUCUUUGCAUAAUUCCUGCAUGUGUGAUGAGGAGUGAAUUGAUACGCAAAAGUUUAAUAAUUAUUUUGAAUUUCUACCAGCUCACUAAUCAGUUUUCUUGAAUUGUGAAUGUUUUCAAAGUAAUUUUAUCCAUUCAUCCAAUUUUCAAUCUGACUGAAUACAGAGAGGUUAUCGUAAAAAAUUCACUACUGUUAUAUGCAGGAAUGCAGAUUCGAAUUUGAUACUCAGUUGCAGCAAUGACUAACAGACACAUUUUUCAAUGAAUUGAUUCAUUAAUUAUGGAAUCUUGAGGGGUACACUUGACCUGGCAUGACUGUAUCACUGUAAUGCAAUUUGAUUAAGUUGACAACAAAGAGUAGCUGCUAUGUUUUUUGGUGUUAAGUAACAGAUCCUUUUCCAGUGUUAACACAGUGUGAGGGGUGCCUGCAUGAGCUCAUGGGUUAUAGGUAUUGGCAUCCAUGGUAGCAGUUCAUUGUUGAAGAACCUGCUUGGCACAGUUGGGGCCUCCUGAUAUCCAAGAGGGGGUGAAAAGAAAAUCAUUUUAAUUUACAGCUUUCCCUUCGGGCAAGCUGAAGCUAGCAGUUACUAGCCUGGACGUCAUUUCACCUAGUCCCAAAAACUUUUUGACUAGCAGAAUUGAUUUCACAGUUCUUCUGCUAUUCGAAUUCCUCAAAAAAAAAAAACAUCACUUGCCCGUCGGGCAAGUUAAAAACAGAAUUAACUAGCUAUAGCCCGAUAGCAAAAUCCACUAGCCCCGGGCUAUCGGACAUUACUUUCUUUGCACGCUGCCAAGGCACCCUGCUACUGUUGUUAAUUAUUUUUAUUUACUGUAGUGUAGUGAAGGAACAGAGAAAUGCAAUUUAUGGAACAUACAAGAUCUUUUGAUUUUCAUGGCUAUGGGAUUUAUUGGUGGUCUACUUGGAGCUUGGUUCAAUCAACUCAAUAAACAUCUUACAGUGCACCGAAUUUUGCAUGUCAAUUCACGAGCUAAAAUUGUAAGGUUAGUAAAAAUAUAUGAGUUAUUAAGAACCUUUUUGAUGGUGGAUCAGUGGAAGUGUAGUUGUUAAACAUGUGCAACACAUAAUAUGAUUAUCUGGGAGAGUUUACCACUGCUCGGUUAGCGCAGUUGGAAGAGCACUGUUCUGCUAAGUGGCAAGCCUAGGCCCAAGCUCAGCUGGACCACCAACCAGGGUAUAACUAGUGAGGUCAUGUUGGCUGUGAUCUUAGACCUUGUCUCAGCUCACUGGUGAUUGUGUCAUGGGGGAAUGGCAUUAAGCCAUUGGCCUAGUCUCUUUUAUCCCUCUUUCAAAUAGUUAAAGGCAACGGAACCCACACUUCUGUUUAGAAAGACAAGAGGAAGUUUGUGGUCUACAUUCUACUUCUGUUGUAACUUCACUUACACACAUAUCAUGAGGUCUAAAGCUCAUCAAUAAACCCAUUAUGACAGCCAGCACUUGGCGCACUUAACUUGUAUUCUGACAUCACAUUGUCAUCCUGUAAUCAGUGAUAAUGACACUGACAUUAUAAUCUUGAGUAGGAGUGAUGUUGACAUUGACAGUAACAGUCCUAUUCAGGGCUAUAAUCACCUAGUAGUUGUUCAAACCAUUAAAAAAAGAGUUAUUAAUAAAUAGUUAUUGCAACAUUCUGACCGAUAACUGUUGUUUCAGUUAGAUGCUCCUUUGAAAAAUUUUGAUAAUUAUUAUCCUAUAGCCUUCUUGGUUACCAACAUUCUUCUUUCUUUGUAUUUUUUGUGUAGGAUUCUUGAAGCUCUUCUGGUUGGCUUUAUCACAACAUCCAUUGCUUUUUUUGGACCAAUUUAUCUUGCAAGUUGUAAAACACUUCCAGCGGUAAGUCUGUUUAAAGCACGUUCCUGGCAGGACACAAGAGGUGAUAAUCAAACACGGUGUUACAUGAUAAUGACCCUGAAACAAAGAAAUAAAAAAAGCCUAAGAUGCAGGCAAAUGGUUGCUUCUUCUACUAAUACCGCUGUGAUGUUACUUCAUGGGUCAGAAACAGGACAGUCAGAAACUGUUAGUAGUAACAUACUUUGUUAAUCUUAUCAUAAUUGUUAAUAGUAGUAUCUGUUUGUAUAAAUCAGGCAACUACUUUACUUAGCUUGAAGGCUUUAAUGUGGGAUGAUGGGAUGAUGAUGUAUAGCGUAAUGAUUUUAAGGGAAUUGUAUUAGUGUGGUUAGAAAGGGUGUACGCAGCACCCAAAAGACCCUACCCUCACCCCAUUCUCCCACCACCACUGCCUAGAUCUGCCUUGUUGAGCUUUUCUUCUAGGAAUAAGCUGUGUUUUUCAAUGGCCCUUGAGCUUCUAACAAUCAUUGUGUUAUUCUCCACAAUCUAACAUGACCUUGUAGUUGCAACUUUCCUGGCAGUGAUAAUAGAAGAAGAACUAACAGUUGAGUGGGAUUGUUCAAAAGUGUUUCUUCUUGAACUGUCUCCAGUCAUGGAUUGUUAUAAUGCUUUUUCAUUUGUCAGCAAUAAUCUGCUUUUAGACCCAAUGCAAAUUGGCAGUUAAUCAAAGAAAAUACUUAAAACUUCUUUGCCCAGUUUAAUCUGUGUGGUUGACAUUUUUGUUGUAGGGCAGCACUAAUGGUAAUGACACUAAAGAUUACUUUUGUCCAGAUGGUCAUUAUAAUGAUAUGGCAACACUGUUCUUCACCUCCCAAGAAUCAGCCAUAAGACAGCUCUUCCAUUUGGAUGGUAAAAUAUUGCAUGCUACUUUAUAAAAAUUAUUUGUUGUAGGUCAAAUUUUGAGGUUAACAUGGUUUCAACCUGUUUGCUGAUUUUCAAUUUCCUAAAAUGUUUCCUAGGAAACAAAGGAAAUUGAGAAUCAGCAUGGGUGAAAACCAUUUUGACCAACAACAAUGAUCUUUAUGCACCACUGUACCAAAGCUAUCAUUACAGACUAGAUAUAUACUAAGGAGUUUCUUUGAUCCUUGCUUACUUUAUAGCUGUAUAUAUUGUGAGAAUUAUAGCAGAUAGAAGAACAAAAUGUCAGAAACUUCCAUUACAUUCACUCUGGCCACUUUUUUGCAUGGUUAGCUUUAUGGUCCUCAGUCUGUUAUUACUUACAUUACUUUAUAUUUACUGCAUUAUUAUUUUAAUAUAGACAUAUCACUGAUUGAAUUGUUCACCAGGUGCCUUUAGUCUCACAUCACUGGGAAUAUUCUUUAUCUGUUUCUAUUUCCUGGCCUGUUGGACAUACGGUGCUAGUGUUCCUAGUGGUCUCUUUGUGCCUUGCUUGUUAUGUGGUGCUGCUUAUGGCAGGUUUAUUGGAGAACUUUGCAGGUACACUAGACAAUUAUUAUUAUCUAGUUUUUAUCUGGGUUAUGGGAACCACCUCACUUUUUCGAAAGAAUAAGAUUUACUUACUGGUAAUAGAGGAGACCCCACCUUAAUUCACUGUAAGCUCCUCUACCCCCUCCCCCACUUACUGGUAAAAAUAAUGUUCUGUUGUCGCUACCAUUAAAUACAUGUACAAUCAAAUUUCUCAUUUUCUCCCAUGUGCUUUAUUAACCAAUAAAACCUGAUGUGAUUAUCUUUUUUCUAAACUGGCUUCAUUGCCCAUUAGUUUGGUUUCGGCCUUACUCACUCUGUAAGGAGAUUAAUUUUCUGACGAUAUCAAAGUACAUUAUUGUGUUUGAAUAUUGACAGGAUGCUUGGGUAUCAGCACACAUACCAUGGAACAUUUGCGCUGAUUGGAGCUGCAUCAUUCCUGGGUGGCGUCGUGCGCAUGACCAUCAGCCUUACUGUCAUACUUAUAGAAUCCACUAAUGAGAUCAGCUAUGGCUUGCCAAUCAUGAUCACGCUUAUGGUUUGUGUCUUGCUCAUUCAAGAACUAUCUUCCACAGAAUUUUACAUGUCUUGUUUUACUUUAUACGACUUGAGGAGAAAACUGUAGUCAUUUCUUGCCGGUUAUAAUGAUAAAUUUACUUACAUACAUGUACAAUGUACUUACGGCCUGGAAAAGAAAUUAGUUCCAGCGCCCACAUUUUGGUUGCCCAGCAGUAUAUAAUUUAGCACAUGUCCUGGCUGAGCCUCUGCCAUCUUGCAAAGUGAGCAAGAAAAGUAACAUGUACUGGCCUGAAAGAAAAAUCUACUUGCCCUGUGUGUCUGGGCAGGUCUUUUUUCAAGCCCUGACUUUUAUAGUACUAAUGUUGAGGAAUGGUGCUGUUUAGGCCAAGAUCUUCUAUCAUGAUUAUUAUUUUGCAUUAAUACUUCUCUAAAAAAAACUAUCCCAUGGUUAAUAAUUAAUCAACCUUAACAUUUCUGGAUCACAACUUUACUUCAGGUUCUCUCAUUAGCUAUUAAACAUCCUUGCGAAAUGUGCAUUGUCUUCAUUGUGAAUGUUUGUGAUAGAGAAGGAUUGUCAGAUUGCUUCUUUUUAUCUCAAUUUGUGCAGGUUGCUAAAUGGUCAGGUGAUUUGUUUAAUGAAGGCCUGUAUGACAUUCACAUCAAGUUAAAGAGAGUUCCUCUCCUUGAAUGGGCAAUUCCUCAGGAAAUGUACAGGUGUGUUCUAAAGUCUUAUUCAUCUCUCUUCAUUAGGAAAUCUAUGUAAGGUUAACUGUAUAAUUUGAAUCUUUCAGAAAACACUUUACCUCUCGGGUUUGCUUUGUCACCAGAAGUCACGAACAAGAAUUGCUGUUCUUUUGAUCCCCUGUUAAAGCAUAUGCAGUUCUUUCCAGAUAACCCUACUGUACUACAGAAUAAUGAGCAUAACAGAUAAUUUUCUGUUCUCCUAAGCAGUGAGGCUUUUGAAUUCCCUAUUAUAUGAAACUAACUUCUUUAUUGCCCUUCUGUAAGCCAGUGAAGAGUACAACUCUGUCCAGUGCUUUUGAAACAUUUGUGAAGUAAGCUUAUUUUAGUUUAGCUUAACUAUCAUUAAUUUGAAGAGCACUGCAGCAAGAUCUAGUUCUAUUGUUAACUUUAUUGAGCAUUUAGCAUGAAAGGUUAAAUCUGUUAUUCUGUUGAUGUAAUGAAAGGAUAUUUGAGUUACAGCAUUUUUGGCUGCACUUUAAGCAGAUCUGAUGAUUUCUUCUUCUUUUUUUGCAGAUUAAAAGCUUCUGAUGUAAUGGAGUCUUGCUUGUCAUAUAUAUAUCCCCACACAAGAGUUCAGUCGAUUGUUGGAAUCCUUAAAACCACAGCACAUAAUGCAUUUCCUGUAGUGACUGUCUACAAAGACUUGCAAAGUGAACUCAAUGAAAGUAACUCUGAGGCUCAUGUUGAUACUUCUAAUGAGCGAUUUGCUCGUACAACCACUUUUUCACAUUUAACAAGUGAACAGAAACUACUACGGCAUUUACGGACUGGUGAAGGAAGUACUCUAGCUCAUAGAAAUAGGACCAUAUCAGACAUUCCUAUGACGAGUCGCCAUGUGGAUAUUAAAGGCAAAAGACUUAAAAGUGACAGUGAUAAAGACUGUUUGACAUACUCUUCUUCUGCACCUGGUCCUUCCAGCUUGAUUAAUGAAGACCUGGAACAAGAAAGAGUCUUGGUUGAUGACUAUGAUGACGGUACGAUAAGAGAACAACAUAAAGUAAAUUGCUUUGCUGUUCCACUUGAAUUAGAGUCAGCAUAGGGCUGUCAUGAAGGGCCAGGGAUUUCCACUGCUAGCUAGUAUGAGCAUGACCUGCCAGUUACUUUCAAAGGAAACAAAAGGAAAAUAGAACCAAAACAUUCAAAUAUUAGCUGUUCAGUUCUCCACCUACAGCCCUGAGUGUACACUUAUACAUGCUAAUCAGCUAAUGGAAGCAGCAGAAGAAUUUAAGAAUUUUUAUUGUGCAGUUUUCAUGAUGAGAUGAUCAACUGUGCAUUACAACAAUACAUAGAAUAAAAUAACUAAAUGAUAAAUAAGAAUUACAUCAUGUGUUAUGUAUAAUAUCAAAAAAACAUAACUAAGAAUUAAAAGCCUUACUAAAAGGUACGUUUUGCUAAAAAUGAAUAAAAAUUACAUAGUUGUGUAUAGGUAUUAAGUAAACCUAAAUAAGAAUUAAAAGCAGAACAACAUAGCAGCAACAUAAGCAGACACCUAACAGAGGUCCUAUUAUAUUUCAGGACUAGAAAUUUACAUUUUAACAGUCUCUCCUUAGGGAACCCCUACACCGUAAGUUAGGGAUGUGGUUUCUGGUGACGUUCUCUAUAAUCAGUUUCAACUUCACAUUGGAAGUGUUUAUAACGUAUUUAUUACUUCAGUGUUGUAAACUGCAUCAUAAGCAGUCUGGCAGAAGUCUUUCAACCAAAAAGUCUAGUAAAUUAUCCCUAAAAAGCCCAGUGGGGAUAAGUGGAUGAGAGGAUGCUGCAUAAAUUUACAAUUUCCAAAUGCAGCAAAAAAUUGACUAAAAGGGCCUUAUUGCUUUUGAAUUUCAGUUUUACAUGAGAGAAUUGUUUCAAGUGGUGGUUCUCAAAGAGCUGCAGAACAAGAAGAGUCCCAAGCUUUAACAUUCCAUGGGCUCAUUCUCAGGUCACAGCUGGUCACCCUAUUAAAGAAAAGAGUUUUUUAUUUAGAGAAUUACCAGGUGAGUAUGUAUCUCUGCAGCUAGUAUCUUCCAACUAAUGGUUUCCAUGGCCAUUAUUAAUCUCUUGUAGGCAGAAAAUGUCAAGACCAAAAUAAUUAUAUUUAUCCACAUUUUUGCCAUUGUAGCCUGAUCAUAGAAUGCAAUAAAUUAUCAAUGCUACUUCCACUGUGGAUGGGAUUAAUUAUUAUUUUACAGGUAAACUGGUGCAUGGAAACUAGGCAGAAACUGACUCUUGAUCUAACAUCAAAUUCGUUUCCCAUGAUUACCACUUGCAAUCACAAAAAUUAUGGAAUAAAUAUCUGUCAUUUGAUUGCAUAUGUCACGUACUUUACAACUACAAAAUUAAUGAAGUCUUAAGUAAUGCACAUGAAAAUACACACUUUCCUUCCAUUUUAGAUCCCUGGUCGACCAGGUCUAGAUUUUGCAAGUAUGAAAGAGGAUUAUCCAAGAUUCCUGAUAUCCAUGAUCUGCACAUUGAAUUUGAAGACCAGCAUAAAAUUAUGGUAAGUUUAGUAAAUUAUUUCAUAACUUAAACUGCCAGCAAAUCAGGAAGUGUAAGUCAGUUCUUUUAUAGUACCAAGCUUCUAAGCAGUGAGUCAUCCAUUGUGUCAAUCACACGCCAAUGAGGCCCAGUUAGGAUUAACAUUCCGACAAGCAACAUGGCCCUUAACAUAAUACUAAGAUAAAAUGGCAACAGACGACAUGAGAAUUGAUUUACUACUGACAAGGACAUGGCCUACUUCUCAAAAUGUGAAACAACCUUAUUUGAAAUUGAGAUUAGGAAGCAGCGCAGCCGAUUGUUCAGUGUGUCAGACUCUCAAUCCGGCGAUCUCGGGUUUGAUUCCCGGUCUGGCCACUUGCUGAAUUUGUUCUCGGUCGUCCCGAGUUCAAAUCCUCGGCCAUGCUUGUAGUGUGCAGCCUCCUGCCCGUUAGGGUUUCUAAUCUUAUUAUGUUCUAUUUGAAUCGUUUGUUUCAUAAUUAUUUGAGUGGGGUGCCUGUAAACUAGUAUAGCUGGAUAAAAUAUUAAGUGCACUUUCCACUAUAAAUAAAACCUUUUUCUUUCUUUUUUUUAGACUAGGUACAUACAUACCCCCCUUAAGAAGUCCCCAUCCAUCCAUAAUUAUUGUGUCAAUAGAAAAUUAAUGUGGCAGUCAGUCAUGCAACUUGUUUAUAAUUCUGUCAGCCAGCCAGUCCUGGUUUAGGUCACUUACCAUUAGCCAAAACUGUGGUCACCCACACUAGCUAUUCCAGUUGUAAAGAGGAUCCAACUAAUAUGUGAGGACAUUACAGCCAGGCAGGUCUGCCUAUUCCUGAAUAGCAUACACAGUAGGGCUCUGAUCAUAAUAAAAUAGAAGUUACAAAUUGAUGAGUGUUUUUAGAAUCAAAAUGUUUUCUACCCAAUCAGUCACUGUGCAAAUUUAAUAACCAUUAAGUCAAUAUAUAGAAAGUCAGCCAUUCAGCCCAGCAUCAAAAAUGUAGUUUGUCUGUCUGUCAGUGUUUGUUUUUGAAUCUGUAAAAAGUUAAUGUCAAAAAUUGUAUAACUUACAAGUGAUUGCCUUUUGUAAGUUAACAGAAAACAUUUAAUGUUUCUUUGUUUUUGUCAGGAUGUGACCCCUUACAUGAAUCCGUGUCCUUAUAUGGUAUAUCCUUGGACCCCAGUACCUCUAGUCUUCAACCUGUUUAGGACAAUGGGUCUACGACAUUUGAUAGUGAUUAACACCAAGGGGCAGGUAUGUAGGAAUCAUCUGUUUUCUUGAGCUAACAGCGUUAAUUGUGCACGCUCUGAUUGUGUCACCUUGACCGAGUUUCCACGGCUGGGUGAACCAAAGUGUUUAAAUGUAAGCAAGUUGGUGCGGACAGGAGGAUUACCCUACCAUCACAAAAGGGUGACCCUUCUUGCCGGGCCAACGUUUUGCAAAAAAUGUUUUUAAACUUGGCUCGCCCAAGGUAGCUUGGUCAGGUGGGUGAGCCUUCUACCUGUCCGAGGCAACUUUUCUCCAUAUAAACGGGAUCAGAAAGACAAACUUGCUUUGUUCUGUUUUUUUUGUUUCAGCUUGUGGGAAUGAUAACAAGAUACAAUUUAACUCAUGAAUACAUGGAACAUUGCCUGGAGAAUCUCACUUCUGAGUAGAAGAAAUUAUAUAACUGAUAAUUUUUUAGUGAAAAGAAAAAAGUAAAUACCUAAUAAUAAAAAAACAAUGUCAGUAGAUAGCAUCAGAUUUUAAUGUAAUUUCAGAAGAGAGCAUGUAAGAAAAUAGAAGUACAUAGUUUAUGCAAUGGAAUUUUUUUUGUUGAUAUAGU